AUGUUAUCAUUCUUGGCCACUACUACAACGGCCAAUACAACUGGCAACAACGAUGCGAACGAUAAAACGGUAACCAGUAGGGUGCAAUUUUUGACGUUUCCAUUUCGGCAUUGGCGGAAACAUUACACGAUAAAUCCGCCAAAUGACACUUACCAUGUCAUUUACCUUGGUAAUGUAUUGACGAUCAUUGCUAAAGGCGAGGAAUGCUUGGAGAAGCCUCUUUCGUUAAUUUGGCACACGUAUUGCAAUAGGAAACGUACGGAACUACCAAUGAAACUUACUGUUACACGUUCUGGACUUAAAGCAGAAACAAAGCAACAAGGUAUCACAGAGUAUUGGUCACAUCGGAUAACGUAUUGUUUGGCUCCGUCAAAUUUGCCACGGGUAUUUUGUUGGGUUUAUAAGCACGAAGGGAAAAAGAUGAAACCGGAAUUGAGAUGUCAUGCAGCACUAUGCAAAAAGCCAUCAGAUCCUUAUAGAAUAGCUCAAACAUUGGAACAUUACCUUCGAGCUGCUCUUCAGGAGUAUCGUCGUGAGAAAUUGUAUCGUCAAAACACUCGAAUUAAUGCCCAAACUAUUGGACAACCAUUCACUGGACCUAAAAGGAAACUGUUGCUGCAAACUGGUUCACUCAAUUUUCGCCCUCCAGGUGGUCGUUCAAAAAGUGCUCCAAGAUUAUUUGAUAUCGAUGAGGAGAAUGAAUAUCCCGAGGAACAACAGGAAGAAUACUCGGAUGAAGAUUCAUUAUGUUAUAUAGAAUCAUCGGUCGGUGCUGAUGCCUGUAGUACGAAUAGUUUAGAAGAGACAGUGGAAAUUCCUUUCUGUCGACAGAAUUCUUCCCGCGACAGUUAUGGUGUGAAGCAGAGACAGCACUUAAUAAGGAAAUUAUGUGAUAAGAGGAGGAUUGGAGAGGAAGAACAACGGAAUGGAUCAGUGACUAGUGAUUUUAGUUCAAGUAUUGAUUCUGCUCCAUCCAGUAUUAGCUCAGAUGAUGGCAUUCAAUGCACUGAUUCAGAAAAUCGACCCUUGGAAUUGCGGAACGGAGAGAAACGAUUAGAACGAGAAACAGACACAAUUAGCGAGGAGUCCGGUUAUCAUGAUUUUGAUGAUGGCUUCAACAGUGUCAUUACUGAUGGUGGUGACAAUGACAACUGUGAUCGAGGUAACGAUGACGAUGACGAUGACGAUGACGAUGACGAAAGUGAAUAUGAUGAGCAAGUUACUGCACUGUAG